CUGCUCCUGGGAAGCCGCUGGUGCUGUGGUAGUUGGAGUCUGUUCUCGGGCCUGAGCCUCGAGGCCAGGCUCCUGGGUGUCGUUAAUGUUCGGGGCCGCCGGGCGCCAACCGAUCGGAGCUCCAGCCGCCGGGAACAGCUGGUGAGGCUGGCGGCCCAGGGGAUGGGAGAUCUGGAAAGGGUGUGAUGGCCGGAGGCCGCUGGACCUGGAAUGGAAGGGGGAGGGAGUUGUGAUGGAUGAUCUGAAGACCUUUAGGCCUUGCUCUCACUCGUGCCUGGGAUGGACGCAGUUUGAGGAAGGCGUUGAGGCAUUUCAGUCGAACCAUGGAAGAACUGGUUCAUGAUCUUGUCUCAGCCCUGGAGGAGAGCUCGGAGCAAGCUCGAGGUGGAUUUGCCGAAACUGGAGACCAUUCUCGAAGUAUCUCUUGCCCUCUGAAACGCCAGGCCAGGAAACGGAGAGGGAGAAAACGGAGGUCGUAUAAUGUUCAUCACCCGUGGGAGACCGGUCACUGCUUAAGUGAAGGCUCUGAUUCUAGUUUGGAAGAACCAAGCAAGGACUAUAGAGAGAAUCACAAUAAUAAUAAAAAAGACCACAGCGACUCUGACGACCAAAUGUUAGUGGCAAAGCGCAGGCCAUCAUCGAACUUAAAUAACAACGUUCGCGGGAAAAGACCUCUCUGGCACGAGUCUGAUUUUGCCGUGGACAGCCUUGGGAACAGACCUCUGCGCAGGAGGAGGAAGGUCAAGCGCAUGGCAGUGGACCUCCCGCAGGACAGCGCUAACAAGCGGACAAUGACCCAGCCCCCCGAAGCUUGUAGAGAUCAGGACAUGGACAAUGACAGCAGAGCUUACCAAUAUCAAGAGUUCACCAAGAACAAAGUCAAGAAGAGGAAACUGAAAAUAGUCAGACAAGGACCAAAAAUCCAAGACGAAGGAGUAGUCUUAGAAAGUGAGGAAACAAGCCAGACCAAUAAGGACAAAAUGGAAUACGAAGAGCAAAAGGUCUCAGAUGAACUCAUGAGUGAAAGUGAUUCCAGCAGUCUCAGCAGCACUGAUGCUGGUUUGUUUACCAAUGAUGAGGGAAGACAAGGUGAUGAUGAGCAGAGCGACUGGUUUUACGAAAAGGAAUCAGGGGGAGCUUGUGGCAUCACUGGAGUCAUUCCCUGGUGGGAAAAGGAAGAUCCUACUGAUCUAGACAAAAAUUUACCAGAUCCUGUCUUUGAAAGUAUCCUAACUGGUUCUUUCCCCCUUAUGUCACAUCCGGGAAGAAGAGGUUUCCAAGCCAGACUCAGUCGCCUUCAUGGAAUGCCUUCCAAGAAUAUUAAAAAAUCGGGAGGGACCCCAACUUCAAUGGUGACCACUCCUGGCCCAGUCAGUAACAAGAGAAUGGUUCACUUUUCCCCAGAUUCUCAUCACCAUGACCAUUGGUUUAGCCCUGGGGCUAGGACAGAGCAUGGCCAGCAUCAGCAUCAGCUUCUGAGAGAUAACCGAGCUGAAAGAGGACACAAGAAAAACUGUUCUGUGAAAACAGCCAGCAGGCAAACAAGCAUGCAUUUAGGAUCCCUAUGCACUGGAGACAUCAAACGGAGAAGAAAAGCUGCACCUUUGCCUGGACCUACUACAGCAGGAUUUGUAGGAGAAAACGCCCAGCCAAUCCUAGAAAACAACAUUGGAAAUCGAAUGCUCCAGAACAUGGGCUGGACACCUGGGUCAGGUCUCGGACGAGAUGGCAAGGGGAUCGCUGAGCCGAUUCAAGCCAUGCAGAGGCCAAAAGGAUUAGGACUUGGAUUUCCUCUACCAAAAAGCAUCCCCACAACCACUGCCUCCAAUUCAGGAAAAUCCGCCUAAGAAGAAAAGCAAAGAAGAGAUGUUUUACCCAUUGUAUUUGCUCUAUGUAUCCCAUUGUUCUAAAAUUACAACAUAGCUUCUAUUUUUGAAGCUGAAAUCUAACAUCAAAGCCUCAAACUUGUCACUCUAGCUUCCUAGCUGUGUACAGUUCUGCCACAGUGAUAGAAAUGGGAUUCCAUCGCAAUUCAUGGUGCUAAAGU